AUUUCUUCAUUAAUUCUGGAGGUUAUUAUUAUAUCAGUAAACUUCAAGGACCUUAGUACACAGAGUAAAACAGUGUCAUCCUCCAGCCAGAAAAGACAAGGGGAAAAAAAACCCCCGCACUAUCAAGAAACCACCAAACUACUACCUCUGCGAGUGAGAGGUACCGCUGCUGGUCCCGGUCAUGAUCGCAACAUGCCCUCUGCACACCACUUUAGUCCCUAGAUGGAUUCCCCAUAGACCGGGUUCUUCUCAUAACUUCUGCCUUUUGGAGAGAGGGGAGGUUUGCUAUCCAAUCACCCACGCUAUCAAAGAGCGCAUUUUCGGUCGCCUUCCCCGUUCGUCUCGCCUCACCGAGGGCCAUGAUGUGCUGGUUUCUCUGCAGCCUGGAAUUGGCUCAGACCCUUUUCUCGCUGCCCCUCCCCCUCCCUUGGAUAGUUCCAAUCAUCUCGGUCGUUUUUUAGCACUGUGGAGUGUCUUUUCUUCUUCUAUGCGAUCAGCCACUGCAUCUCGCGCGACUCUCAGUCUCUCCUCUUUCCAAUCCGAUGCACGGAGAACCGCCACUUCUCCAAGAAACCUUUAUCCGUGUCGUACCUGGAGGGGAGCCAACCAUGGGUACAGUCCUCAUCGAUCCGAUCCCGGCCUCGUGUGUGAAACAGUCCCAUGGAUUUGCCCCCGGGUGCUUCCGUAGGGAACCGUGGACUCCUCUGUUUUAGGUCUCUCUUUGACUCCGUAUCUUGUCUCCGUUCCUUCUGUGCGUUGUUCUUCAGCAGAUUGGCACUAGAAAGCUACCUAGGCAGUGGAACAACCUUUCGGGAAACUCGAGUCUCGUGGAAUCCAGUUUAUCGUCUGAGCCUUGUCAAAAUUAGCGCUGACGUGCUUGAUCAACCGUAGGAUGAUUCUGGUUGUCGUCGGUGCAACAACAUGUAGCUUCUCUUUGAGGUAUCUCGGCGGCUAACUUUGUCACAAGAUAUUUCAAUCACAUCGCGGGGUACGCAGUAGGUAGCCUAUAGGUCAAGCUGUUGAUCUAUCACUCUCUCUCUCUCUCCAGCCAACAACAGAUCGUCCUCUCGUUAGGAGAAAAAAAAAAAAAAGAUCAAAC